ACGUGUUGUCGUCGUGUGUUUAAGAUGCAGUACGAAGACUACAUGAAGAUCUGUCGAUUUUUGGUCAUCGACAUCUAUCAUUUAAAAAGUGUUCAAAUCGUGCUAUUUGUGUCCAAAUUGGGGAUAUUUUUCUUGGUAAUCCUCCAAACGUGCGAGUUUCUAUCCCGAUUCGAAGUCGAUUAUUUCGUCCAGUAUGGACCGUCGUACUUCAUUUUGCUCUAUGUACUAACUUGUCUAUUAACACAACCUUUAUUCACUGACGCUCUAAAAUCAGCCGCAGGAAAAAUCGAGAAAAAUAGUUCGCAAAGCAUCGUCAAAAUCGUCCCGAAAAAAGUAAAAAAAAGUGCCCUCUUUGCCACUAUUUUUGUGAUCUGGACAACGACGAUAUCCGCACUGAUGGCAAUUUCGCUGAUGAUACCAACCAAAGACGACGAUAAUGUUUUCUUUGCAUUUAAUCUGGCGAAAAUUUAUUUACCGGGAUGGAAAAUCGUUUUGAAAAAUAUUGCCAGGUGUUUCGCUUUUCCUGCAUCUUAUUUAAGCGCGUCUAUAGCUUGUCUCAAUUUGUUGUAUCUGUUUCAAGUCGGCAAUCUUAACAUUCAGAAGUGUCUUCUUCAAAUAAAAAAAAUUAACGCUACAACAAACCAGGACGAAAUCGCCAGAAGUCUGAAAUUUUUGCUAAAUUCUCUUACGACGAAUGAGGGUUUUAUCCGUGAGGCUGCAAAACGGGCGGAAUUUCUUGUGCUGCCGCUGAAAGUUAUGGCUUCUGCGGCCAUGAUGAGCAUCGUCGUUUUUUACUUUGGGUUUGAGGGUUCGUUAAGAGAUCAGUAUUUUCGUAUAUUCGGCUUGGCACUUAUUGCGAUUAACGCUGUAGUGGGGACUCCAGCGGUUGGUCAAGCAAUCGAGGAUUUCAUGAGCCAAGUAUUCGAUGCUUUAGUUCAAGUGGAGUGGUGCGACUGGAACGAAUCCAACAAAAAAAUGUACUUGAUGCUUUUGAUAGCCUCGUCGAAGCCGAUUAAAAUCAAAUUUUCGGAAAAUAUUUCCGUCAACUACGAGUUCGGUGUAGAGUUGGCUAAAACUGUGUUCUCCACGAUUUCCGUGAUGGAGAGAUUGCACACAUCGAAAUCGGGCAGUUUUUGAACGAAUUCUUUUUCAGGUUUUCUCAAAA